AUGUCUCUCUAUGGGUCUCUCUGGCGCCGCAGGGUGAAGCAGGCGCUGGCGCAGGAGCAGGACGCGGCGCGGUGCCAGGUGCUGCAGGGCCGCCAGGGGGCGCUCAAGGUCAGCGCCAACUCCGUGUACGGCUUCACCGGGGCGCAGGCGGGGCGGCUGCCGUGCCUGGAGGUCAGCCAGAGCGUGACGGCCUUCGGGCGCCAGAUGAUCGAGCGCACGAAGCAGCUGGUGGAGGCCCGGUACUGCCUGGCCCAGGGCUUCCCGGCCGAUGCCAAGGUGAUCUAUGGGGACACGGACUCGGUCAUGUGCCGCCUGGGGGUGCCCACGGUGCCCGAGGCCAUGGCCAUGGGGCGCGAGGUGGCGGCCUGGGUGUCCGAGCACUUCCCCGCCCCCAUCCAGCUCCAGUUCGAGAAGGUGUACUGCCCCUACCUGCUCAUCAGCAAGAAGCGCUACGCCGGGCUCUGUUUCCCGUCGUGCCCCACGGCGGCGCCCGCGCUGGACUGCAAGGGGCUGGAGGCGGUGCGCAGGGACAACUGCCCCCUGGCGGCCAGGCUCGUCACGGCGUGUCUGCGCCGCAUCCUGCUGCACCGGGACCCCGCGGGCGCGGUGCUGCACGCGCAGGAGGUGAUCUCGGACCUGCUCUGUGACCGCCUGGACCUCUCCCAGCUCGUGAUCACCAAGGAGCUGACCCGCGCCGCACGCGACUACGCCGCCCCCCAGCCCCACGUCAGCCUGGCCCAGAGGAUGCGGCAGCGGGACCCCGGCAGCGCCCCGGCCCUGGGGGACCGCGUCCCCUACGUCAUCGUCACCGGGGCCAAGGGGGCGGCCGCCUACACCAGGUCCGAGGACCCGCUGUACGCGCUGGAGCACAACCUGCCCAUCGACAGCCGCUAUUACCUGGAGCAGCAGCUGGGGAAGCCGCUGCUCAGGAUCUUCGAGCCCAUCCUGGGCGAGGGCCGCGCCGAGAGCGUCCUGCUCCGGGGCGCUCACACCCGUUCCAAGACGCUGCUGACGGCGCAGGUCGGGGGCGGGGUCUUGGCCUUCGCCACGCGGCGCAGCACGUGCGUGGGCUGCCGGGCCGUACUACAGCAGCACGGAGCCGUCUGUGAUUUCUGCCGCCAGCGCGAGGCUGAGCUCUACCAGAAGGAGGUGAUGGGGGGGGGGCCUAUAGGGG